UGUGGUGGCAGGUUCUCGAACUAUAAGACAAAGCCACACUUCACGCGUCGCGGCCGCGAGCAACGAUUCAUUGCCGUAUCUUGUGCCACUUAUCGGUUUAAUAGUUUCGUCACAAAAAGGGAGACGAGGCCGUGUAAAAUCGUCUUAUCUCACAGUGUUCUGCUAGAGAUUCCCGCGCCGGAAGUGAGUGGGUGUCACUUGUGAUCUCUACUCCGGGCCAAUGAGUUGGAAUUUGUGUGGGCGGAAGUUCGGGAGAAGAAAACAAUAAGUGGGAAUUAUUUUUGCUCAGUACGGAACUUUCUUGGUGUCAGUGUGAGUUAAAAUUUGCUUUAAGUUAAUGGAACUACUGUGCUGGUGAGUGUGAAAUAAAUCUGCACUCUUGUGAAAGGAUCGAUUGUUAGAUAACGAACAUCAAGUUGCCAUUAUACGUUUGCCAUUAAUUUUAUAUUAAUUUGUAAAAUUUUUAUGAUUUGUUUUGUGACUUGUUGGUAUGAUCUAGAGCUAACGCGAAUUCAUAUUGAUGAGAUUUUUCUAAUUUGUGCAAACUAUUUACAGUCUUAAAAUAAUGAGAUGAAUGUAGUAGUAUUAAUCUUAUCACUCUUCUUUUAUCUCACAGUGAACGAGUCACUAAUAUGUUUUGAUAAUUAAUCCACACUGUGACUAUUCUUCUUUAUGAUUCAUUCAUAAACUUCCAGUAACGUACGGUGGUCUGUUUGAAACUGAAUUAGUGACUAAUACCUGUAGUAUGACGUUUGUUUACAACUGAGAAAGGGGCGUUGCCUCACGGAUAGUGUGAGUAGUGAAGUGAAACCGUGCAAAAUGGCGCCCUCCGUGACAGCUAGCAGGACAAUCUCAAGGACGUUCCAUGUUGUUGUGUGUUCACUGCAAUGUUUGUGUGUACUUAGUCAGUACUCCGGGGGUCGUCCGAUACAGCCCGGCGGCAGGGAAACGUUUACCCUGCCACCUCCUGGAGACCCCAACUACAAGACGUUUGUGUACAACAGCAGACGCUACGGCCAGGCGCUCCCACCAAGGCCGUUCAUCCCGUCGUACAAUGACCCCAAUCUUCCCAACCCUAACAGUUACGACCCCAACAUAAACAGAGGACUUCCACCUGGCGAAGACCCUAACAGAUAUAUAUUCAAUGAUCUGGGCGAGAUGGUGAUGCUGCCGGGUGUGCUGGGGCGAUGGAGGGCAGAUCUUCAAGGCAGGCAGAGAGAGAACUGGCAGUCUCUUGACCGAGAUGUCUUGGUGGACACUAAGUAUGGGAAGGUGCAGGGCUUCAAGGUGUAUCUGUACGAUGACCCUGAUCCCCGGUCUGGCUACCGACCUGGUCAGACACCUGUCGAAAGAAUCAAAUCCAACGUUUCUGUGUUCCUCGGCAUCCCGUACGCCCUACCACCUGUCAAGGAGGGACGAUUUAGGCCCCCGAGGCCUCACAGAGGCUGGCAGCUAAUCCAGGCAGUAGACUUCGGACCAGCAUGUCCGCAGCCCACCCGGUUCACUGGAGCCACCAAGGGUAUCCGUGACAUGGACGAGGACUGCCUUUACCUCAACAUCUUCACCCCCACAAUAGAAUCCGGGCUUGCUCGUCGGUAUCCUGUCAUGUUUUAUAUCCAUGGUGGAGAGUUCAACAAAGGAGCAUCCAAUCUGUUCCCAGGCCACGUAUUGGCAGCGUUCUACGAUGUGGUGGUGGUCACCAUCAACUACCGUCUGGGUGCUCUAGGUUUCCUAAGUACAGCUGACGCCAACUCCCCAGGAAACUAUGGUAUAUUGGACAUGUCAAUGGCCCUCCGGUGGGUCUAUGAGAAUAUAGAGUUCUUCAACGGUGACCGGACCUCUAUCACUGUGUUUGGCCCCGACGCUGGAGCUGCUGCCGCCGGUCUGCUCAUGGUCAACCCUCGAACUAGGGACAUCAUCUCCAGGGUCAUUGCUCAGAGUGGGUCUGCCACAGCGGACUGGGCACUGUCAGUGGACCGCUACCGAGCCCAGAACACUAGCCGAGUGUACGCUUUGCGGUUGGGCUGUGGCAUUGAGAGUUCCUAUAAGAUGGUAGACUGCCUGCGACACCGCAGCUUCUAUGAGCUGGGCAAUGCUGAGUUUGAGCCGCAGGUGGGUAUGUUCCCUUGGGGUCCGGUGAUGGACCUGAAUUUCACGGUACCUCGUGACACCUGGUAUGAAGGGUGGCGUGAGCAGGACUGGCGCUUCACCAACUUCACUGCUGAGGCUGAAAUACGAAGAGGACGCUUCAACCGGGGGCUCUCAUACAUGACUGGUGUCACCACCCAGGAGGCAGCUUUCGUUAUAUAUAACAAUGAUUCUCUUGCACCGUUCUAUCAGGUUGAUGACAAGUUUUUCGAUCAGAAGAUCAAAGAGCUUGUAAUACGAUACAAUUACACACUGAAUCAAAAAGGAAUCUAUGAAGCAAUCAAGUAUAUGUAUACAUACUGGCCUGACCCUACCAACAAGACCCACAUCAGAGAACAGUAUAUACAUAUGCUGUCAGACUUUUUGUACCGAGCACCUGUGGAUCAGAUGGUGAAAUUGUUGGUGGAACGCCAAGUACCUGUCUACAUAUACGUGCUGAACACCACUGUAGAAGCCUUCCGCUUGCCUGAGUGGCGCAAAUAUCCUCACGACAUAGAACACUAUCUGCUCACUGGUGCUCCAUUCAUGGAUAUUGAGUUCUUCCCAGAAAAACCUCCUCUGGAGCGCACCAUGUGGACAGAUAAUGAUCGUAACAUGAGUCAUUUCUUCAUGAAGGCUUACAGCAAUUUUGCCAGAUAUGGAAACCCCACCCAGACACAGAUUCUUGGUCUACAUUUUGAGAUGGCCCGAGAUGGUUUGCUGAAGUAUCUCAGCAUUAACACAACGUUUAAUUCAAGUGUUCAGUUGAAUUAUCGCCAGACCGAGAGUGCCUUCUGGACUUGGUACCUUCCAACAGUGGUGGGAUAUCUGGUCCCCACUUACCCUCCUUCUACUGAGUACUGGUGGGAACCCAAGGCACCCCUCCAGAUUGCAUUCUGGUCCAUGUCCACCAUCAACCUGCUCCUCAUUGUGAUGGUAUUCAUCUUCUGCAUCCUCUGGAGAAAUGCCAAAAGGGACUCACUGUACUACAAUGGUGACAUGCUGAUGAUGACGGAGGGUGAUCGAAUGGAAGGCAUCGAAAACAAUAUCCAGAACCACCGCAGCAACAGCAACAUCUACAGCACCGAAUACCGUGAUGUGCCAGCGAAGGGACGGGGGCUGCAGGUGGAGCCACGGCGCACCUCUUCCACGCCAUCCUUGCGCACCGGUAGCGCCACUUCACUGAAAGAUAUUGGGGCAGUCUCAGGGAGCCCAACUGGUGAGCCACGGAAACAGCGCACACCUGUCGCUGCCAAACGUACAAUUACCAAGGUCGACAAAGGGGUACCACAGACGGAUGUGUAGAAAACCUCUCGCAUUCAAUGCCAGUGUGUUCAUACCAUGUGAUAUUGUAAAUAAUUAUAUCGUUUCCACUCUUAGUCGGCUCUACACUAAACAUUUAAUGCUGGACGGUUUGAAUAUUGGCAUUUGACAAAUCGUACAAAUAGCGUAGACUCAUGGUUGGUUAAUGUGGCCUGUGGGUGUUGGUUUUGGAAGAUGGAUGAAUGCCAAAGGCUCCUUUAUCAAUUAGAUCAUUGCAUAUGUAUAUAUUACAGAAUGAAUAGUUCAGUUUUUAACUUAGAGUUGCAUUUCGUGAUGUGGAAUGUUAAGAUUUAAUAAUGAUCAUAUACAGGUCACCAUAGUCCCUAGAUGAUACUGUGAGCAAUCUUUAUUGUGGAUGAAUUACUAUAUAGCUGUGGUGCAACCAGGAAUCUUAUCUUAAAUACUCUCUCUCUCUCUCUCUCUCUCUCUCUCUCUCUCUCUCUCUCUCUCUCUGGUAUCAAGAUAGCAAAUAAGUGAGCAACCUUUAUUGUGGAUGAUACAUAACUUCGUACUUUAUGAUUCAUUGACAAAACAUAAAAUAUAUAUUCUUUACUUUAGUUUAGUUUGGGAAUUUGAUUAUUAUUGGGGUGUGGAAUGAGACAAGUGAGUUUUAAUAUCUAUCAGCAUAUGUGACUUGCCACCCAGCAGGCCAAGUACUACAACAACUAUCAUGAAAGGAAUUGAGACCAAUUGUCUCCAAAGUUCGGUAGUAUAGAAAAGGUUAAAGAUAUAGAGUGCAAUAUACAUACAUUCCUGCUUCUAUGUCACAUAGAACAGCAUUAAAGGUUCCAAGUAGAUCAACCCCUUGCCAAAUAAUACUGCUUCAGAGACUACUUUAGGUCAUGGAAAGAUCCACAAUAUUGCCAUUCCUAUUCCACAGGACAAUAGAAGUUCACAACUAAACCUACAACCAGAAUAAUGGUAAUCCCACUUUGUGCUAUUGUCCGUCAUUACAAGAAAAACUUCUUUUAACAUUGAUAUCAACAUCAGUGAGCCUACAUGACUUUCAGAGUCAUUACGUCCACCUUCUAAUCCUUGUAAUUAAACAAUAAAGAUUAAGUCUUUAAUUUACUAGUAAUACCUAUCACCAUGUAUAUACUUGAACAACAUGAAAUAAACUUCUAUCUAAGCUUAUUACUACUAAUUCUAUUAAUACAAUUGACAUUAAUUACUGUAACCAAGUAAGUCUUAUUACUAGUAUACUAUUAAUAUUUUGCAAGACAUAACACUAAAUUUAAUUAUAAACUACCACUGCCUCAAUCAGGUCUUUAGUAAUAACAGAUAUCACUACCUCACACAAACAGUUACAUAACACCAGGUAAGGUUGUGGCUGCUUAUCAGCGGUGUCACUGGUCAAGGUCAUUGAGUCCACUACUGUCUCGGUAGCACUGAGCUGCUCCUGCUCCAUGUCCAGUUCCCUGCUCAUCCCGGUUGAGUGAUUUGUGACAACAAUUUGUGUUACCAUACCACUAAUAGCAUAGAUAUUGUCAAUACCAAAAAUAUGAUCGCAUUCACUUAGUAGUGUCCAUAUUAUUGUUUUCCAACUUGGCAGUUUCUUCCUUGAUUGUUUGAAGAACUGACUGCAAAUGAGUUAUGCCAGUUCCGGUUAGUGAAGGCCUGUAAAUUAUUUCCUGAAGGGAUACAAUGUGACUAUUAGACACAGAGGGUCCGUGAUAAUGUCCCAAUGUAUCUUUCUCACUUAUAACAGUGACGAAAGCGGGGGGAAUCCACAUAUUGUCCAUUAGGUUACCAUAGGUCUUAUGUGACCACUCGGAAAUGGAAAUAACACGAACUUCUUUGAAUACUCAUAGCAAUGUGAAGUGUCAGGUAAAAUUCCAACAGUCUUUACUCUAAAAGUUGUUUUUAGUUCAUUGGCACAGUCCAGAGUGAGAGUUAGUUUCUCUAAGGUAGGUACUUAUCCGCUGGUACAGAUUUCUCACCAAGUCUAAAUGGCUAGUUUAGCCAUACACAACAUUAUGGUAAAUAAUGAUUUUAAAGUAAAUUUAAUUUAUUUUGUACUCAAAUAUCUACAAAGUAGGAGUACAACAACACAGCAUGUUGCGUAACUGGCUUCGCUGAGGUUACAUGCAACGUUUCAAGUCUAUAGCUCAUUUCAUUCUCAAGAUGCCCAUGGCAGACAUAAGAGAAUUUGGGUCAGCCAACUGAGUGAUAGACUUCAGUGAUGCUCAGCCAAAUUCUAUGGUUAUGUACCAUAGAAUUCAUAUUUGUCUAUUUAGAAAUGAAGUUUCAUGCAAUGCUCAACUGCAGUUGUAAUUUAAAGUCUACAGAUACAAUUUUUUUCGAGAUAUGAUACUUCAAGAUACAUUUACAUUUUUGUUCAUUAAGUUAUGUUUCAUAGAAGUGUUUAAAUAAUAAAAGUUCCGGUACGCUAAUGAUGGUACUACAAUGCAUGCAAAAGUACGCUAAAAUCAGACCUUCUCACAGAUUUUUAACAUUAACUUUCUACUCUAUUAUUUUUUCGUUUUACUCUAUAAAUCAAAAUGUUAAAAUCUCAUAAGAUUGUACUUGGUUUCUUUACAAAUUUAUUCUACUAUUUUAUUGUUGUUUACCCAUAAGACCAAUGUAAAGUUAUCACCAACGCUCGGCCAAAUCCCAUGGAGUGACAUGCAAUAUCAUCGAACUCAGUGUUCACUAACGCUUACCCAAUGAAAGUCAAAUAAUAAUAACCUGCUAUUGGGUAUGUUAGACAUUUAGUGUAGAGUCGACUAUGUUAAUUUGUGCCUUUUGAGACCAGCGUUCUCUACUUUAAUUGUCCCAUGCUCAAAUAUUUGUGUUGAAGAGUGGAGAGGAUAAAUUUAAAAACUUAAUUAAGAUAGUUGAAACAAAGUAGUUAUGUGUAGUUUAUAGUAAAAUAAGUUAUAUACAGUGAAAAAUACCAGAUAUUUAUACUAUUUUAAAAACCUAUUACUUUAUUUAGUAAUGUCAUAUAAAUAAUUACGUACACAAUCAUGUUUGUAUAAAUGAGUAUGGAUCUAUUUUACUUAAUAUUAAAGUAAAACAUAUAUUUUUGUAAGGUUUUAAAAAACUAUAUUCUACUAUUGCAAAAUUGGAGAUGCAUUUGCUUGAAAAUGUACAGUGUUAUUUUUAUAUAUUUAUCUAUAUAUUGUUUUUUAUGAUAACAUUCAUCUAAUAAACUAUAGGCUUUUUAGGUAUGACUAGACAUGUUUUAUUUACAAAUAAUGUUUUAAUUAAAUGGAUUAUAUAUGUAGUAAAUGAAAAUGUAUUUACUUUUAUCAUAGUAUUAUAAAAAAUGACAAUUUUUGUAUUUUCAUGAAUUCCAAAGGAGGUAUCUUCUUAAGCUCAUGUCUUUUAUACAUUCCAUAAUAUGUUAGUUAUUUAUGUUAUUAUAUAAUUGUUUUAUAGUGAUAUAUUCACUUAAUUUAUUGCGGUAUUAAAAAAAAAUAUUGAGUAUGUCAAUAAAAUUAGCUAUGCAUUUUACUGUGUAACAAAGGGACAUCCAUUCCAUUUUAACAUUUUAUACAUUCCAUAAUAUGUUAGUUAUUUAUGUUAUUAUAUAAUUGUUUUAUAGUGAUGAUAUAUUCACUUAAUUUAUUGCGGUAUUAAGAAAAAUAUUGAGUAUGUCAAUAAAAUUAGCUAUGCAUUGUACUGUGUAACAAAGGGACAUCUGCUGUUAACCCUUUCAGAACUAGAUGGGUUUUCUGAAUUACUGACAUAAAAGUUAGUUCUUUAACCCUAUGAAGGUUGUAGUUAGUUAUAUGUUAGGCCAGUUUGGCUCUGCCUCUCAUAAUUUAUAAAUCCAUAAAAGCCUACUGUAUUGUCUCCUACUUUUUUUGAAGAUUUGUGUAUCUUUAAAUGUAAAUUUUAUGAAAUUAAUCAUAUUAUUUUGUUAAAAUUUUAAAGUAACAAAAUACUUUGUUAAGUUUUAGUAAAAAUAAAUAUAGCAAGUAAUUUUUGCUUACCCUACAAGAAGAUUGAAUAUAAGUUCACUUUUAUUAAAAAUGAAAUGUAAAUGUUAUGUAAACAUUUAGAAAAAGUGCAAUUUUUAUUUUUAUGGUUCUCAGAGUUAAGUUAUAAUUGUGUAAGAUUGUUUUAUAUAAACAAAUGUUAUAAACUUGCUUAUUGUCAAAAACAAGUCUGAUGGUAAAUAUUUUGAAUUUUGGAAGAACUUUGGGAUAUAUGUUUUUGCUUUGAUUGAAACAAAACUAAAAGUUCUUUACUUGAGGCUCAUUAUUAAUGAUUGAUGAUUUAAGAGAAAACACGAUUUUGCCAUGGUUAUGUUACAACAAUUGAACUCUGUUUUUUUAAGUACAAGUAGUAUCUUUCUGUCCUCUUAUCUUGGUUUAAAAGCCUGAGACAUAAAAGGUUAAGCUUACAUAUAAAUAAUCACAUAUUAGCAACCCAUGGUGAGGGACAUGCUGAAGUCAAACUUGUCUACACAACAAAGUUCUAGAUCAAGAAAUAAAAAAAUCAUGCAUAUAUCUGAAAAAGUACAGCAGAAGUCUGGAGAUGUACAACCAUUGCACCUUCCGUGAUGUGUGUAACAUGCCUUGUAUAGUGUGUCAGUUUUGUGAUGUAUCUGACGAAGUUAGCCUUGCUAUUGAAAGGCCUCACAGAAAUAAAAGUUUUAAAUAUUGGUGUAUGUGUUUAAAUGUAAUUAAGUUAACACAGUUCAUUUUACUUUUAGAUGAGUUAAAGUACAAUAUGGAAUUAAUACUAAUUUUUAAAGGUAUGUUUUCCAGGAAGAGUGAUAGAUAAAAUUCAUAAACAUUUGUUUUACAUGCUUUUAAUAAAAUAAUUAUUUUUCUUUCUACUUGUGUUUAUAAAAUCAAUUAUAAAUUUUUAUUUCAUUAGAUUUUGUUUUAUAACUGUGACACACAACAGGGAUUCCCUGCUUUUAAUGAAUAUUUGUUCUGUGUCAGAACAUAUUAUUGUACUUUAGGGUGCAUCUCUAGGACAUCUCUCAUCUACCCCUCCGUCCACCACUGUUACAGUUCAAUUCAACUUGAACAUUUGGAGUCAAUAUACACAUGUUCAAUCGUAGUUUAGCGGGUUUUCUGCUUGUGCAUACUCAUAGUAUAACAUUUUUCUUUGUACUUUUAUGGGGUUUAACUGGUUUCCAUGGCUUUCUGUUUUAAAUUAACAUGAAAUUGGAAAGAGGAGAAACAUGUAUUAGAAAUUAGUUAUAAAAUUGGAGGACGAAAGUACAAGAGAGGAUUUUGAAAUUGGGAAUGUUAAAAAUGUGACGGAAUCCUCACCUGUGAGUGUUGUUAGGAAUGGUAAUGGAGAAUGACAUGGUUAGUUAAUCUAGUAUAUUUAAUAAUUUUACUUAAUUUAAUGGCUAUUUUUUAUUUACUUUUAUAUUAAUGCAUAAAACAUAAUGUAAUAAGCAAGGAAAUUUCCUGUUCAAUAAACCUUUCUUUAUAUUUGAAAGCACACCAACAAAAAACUGAGAUUUAGGGAAUCCCCAUUUCGUGUUUCAAUAUGUGACUAUUACGCGCGUCAAUUAUAAUAAUUAUAAUAUGAGUGUUAAUUAUAGUGUGUUAAUGAGAGCCAUUAAUGUAAUUUUUAUUCCAUUUUUAACUUUAUUGAUGUUUUUACUUAGAGGAGCAUAAUAUAUUUCGCCUAGGGGUAGAAUGUUUAGAGCCAGUCUUGAAGUUGUAUAUUUUUCUAUAAGUAUUAUAUAUUGUCAGUAGUAUUUGCACAUACUUAUCAGUGGAAUAUUUACUAUAAGUGUCAAUUUCAUACAACGUGUAAAUAAUUUUUGUUGUUGUAAUGUAUUGUGUAACUUGUGCCGUCCGAUAUGUUGUGCUGCCUAGAGUUAAGUGUACCGUCCAAUAUUUAAAGUCUGUCUUUAAACCAGUCUGUCAUAUAGUUAUUGUUAUAAUAAUAAGAUUCCUGAGAUCUCUUUGCUUUAAUGUUUAUCAUCGUAAUUAAAUGUUAUGUCUGAAUCAUAUAAUUACACUGUGUAUACUAUAUUUGUCACCCAUUAUUCAAAUCUUACUUGUCUUAAUUUAUAUUCUAAAGCUAUGAGGGUGGUCUGAAAAGUUUCCGACCUCAACAUGAAGAUGGGAGCACUCGUAAAUAAAGCUACUGAAUUUCAUUGUUUAUCAGUUGACAGUUACCAAAGUUUCAGACAUUUUGGAUGUGCAGUUUUUAUGUAAUAGUCUUUUGAGUGAGUUGAUGUGGGUUUUUUUUGUAAAAAUGGGCAAAAUUUAGUAUUGAACUGUCAUUAAAUAUUUGUUUUUGAAAGUCAAUAUGCCUUCACAAAUCAAAGAUGAGUUGGAUUCUGUGUAUGGGUACUCUGUACCAUCAUUUACAACAGUGAAAUUUUUGGCUGCUAAAUUUAAAUGUGGUUUUCAAAGGCCAAGCGCUUGGAAGACAAUGAACGUUCAAGACAUCCAAAGACUGCAACCACCAAUGAAAAGUUCACCAAAUGGUGCUAUACAACCGCUGAAUUAAAAUGAGAGAGAUAGCAGAGGUUAUAAACAUGUCACAUAUGAAAUCAAUAUUUAGGUAUGAAAAAGCUAUCCGCACAUUGGGUGCCAUGUUUGCUCAUGUCAGACAAAAAACAUGUUCGAAUAAAUAUUACCAACGCUCUUUUAGCACAGUUUAGGUGAAAUAAAUCCGAGUUUUGGCAUUUAAUAAUUACUGUAGAUGAAAAUUGGAUACACCAUUAUACGUCCGAAACAAAAUACAUUCUAUACAGUACACUGCAAAUGGGGAAUGGACUCUGUAAAAAGCAAAAACUGUUUUUUCAGCUGCGAAAGCGGUAGUAAUUAGUUGUUUUAUGGGAUAGUUAUGGAGUUAUUUUAAUCGAUUAUCUUCAAAAAGGACAAACCAUUACAGGAGUAUACUAUGCAUUAUUAAUUGCCAAGCUGAAGGUAGAACUUGCAGAAAAAUAAAAUCCUGUUUCACCAAGACACAUCUCACACCUUAGCGCUUGCCACAGCGAAAAUCUACAAAUUACGGUUUGAACUGGUUGACCAUCCUUACUCACUUUGCCUUACUCACUAGAUCUCAGAGAUUGCCUUAAAAAUUAUUGCGCUCAGAGGACAAAGAUUUUCGUCAAAUGAAGAAGCAAUCACCUUUGUGAACAUUUAUUUUGCACAGAAAAAUGCUGAGUACUAUUUGGUAGGGUUCCAGAGAUAGAAGAAUCACUGGAAGAAGUGUGUAGAGUUACUAGGAGAGUAUGUUGAAAAUUA